UACAAUAUGGCUGACAGAAGCGGAACUCUGCGAGUUUUUCCGAGUGGCAUUUUGCCAAUGGAUUGAGAAACAGUAGGGUUUGCAAAUUCGACUGAACCUUUCGCGCACGGAAAUUUCUUGAACGACAUGGAUUGAGCAAUAUUUUCCGAAUCGUUCAAGUUUCGUUCGCAUCGAAAUGUCAGUAAGGUGCUGUUAUUGAGGAAUGUUUAUUCUCUUCAGAGACAAAGCGUUUUGCUGAACAUUUCCUGCACAAUAUGAAGUAAAACGCGGAGAACCCGGAUACAGUGCUGUAGUGGGUUUAUGUUCGAUUAGCCGGUAUUUCGAUCAACAAUGUACACAGUAUAGGUACUGUCAUGGACACAGAUGUAGAGCUUGCCAAAGGUGAAGGGUGUGAAACUAGUCCAGGCUGCUCUGGCUAUUCUAGCAUGGUGCACAGUAAAAAAGUCAUCAAACAUGCACUACGACAGCAGGCCAAGAGGCGUAGGAAAAAUACAACAAUCGCGGCUGGCAAUUCUCGUACACUUCCAAGGAUUGUCGUUAAACCACUACCUCCACCACCACCGAAUGAUCCACCUUCCCCUGUUAAUAAUGUACAGCACAUCAAUGCUACAACUGAAGAGCCUGCUGCCACAAUGAGAGAAGUCCUAGCAAGUUUGCCAGGGUUUAGUUUGAAAUCUGGACGUAGACGAUCAACAAAACGAUUAUCUGCGACUGCACAACUGGAGGCUGGUCUUGUAGAUCUUGAAUCCCCAGCGAGUAUUUUAGCAAGCACAAGUUUACGUGCUCUUUUGAAUAGGCAUACUUUUCAAGGUUUGCCACCUUUGUAUCAAAGGAAACUUGCACAACUUCUGCCUGCUGUAGAUAGACAGGAUGCUGCUACAUCUGGAUUAAAUAACGAAUUCUUUGCGCGAGCUUGCUUAGAAUGGCGUAAACGCUUGGCAGAGGGGGAGUUCACUCCGGAGAAUCAACAAAGAUUGAAAAUGGAGGCAGAGAGAGACAAGAAUAAAUUGGAUCCAUGGAAAGUUAAACAUUUUGAGCCUAUAUGGGGUGAGAAGCGUGAACCUAAACUUAGGUCAGGUCUUCAUUGUAUUGCGGAAUCAAGAUCUGGCGGAGCUGUAACGCGUUCGAGUUUAAGACUUCGUUUAGAAUCCAAUGUAGAUACACCUAUAUCGGACACUCCCUGUCCUAUCAUGUCCGAGGAUAAAAUCGAAGAGCAUAAUUGUAAAAUUGAAACUAGUAUAAGUAAUUCAGACGAUUUGAAUGAAACAACAGAGAUACAAGAGUUAUUACCAACAGAAUAUAACGAAACAACGCAUACAUUAAUCGAUGAAAAACAUAUAGAAUCUGUAAACAUAAACUCUAUAGAAACGAUAGGUGAUACUGAAAUGCAUCAGGACAAAUUUGAGGAAGAUGAGAAAGUUAUUAAUCUUGCAGAAAAACAAGACAUGAUUGAAGAGAAUGAAGUAGUAAGUCAGGUCUGCCAAGAAAGUAUUUCAAACGCAUACGACGAAGAAAUUCAUAUACCUCAAGAUGAAAAGAAUCUUGAAUCAAUGGAGAAUCAUAUCCUCGAAGUAUCCGAAGAAGAUACUGUACUCUUGCCGGAAGAAAGUACUUCACCAGGGUCCAGUGAACAAACAGAACAAAUGUCUCGUACAUCUAGGGAAACAUCGUCCCAAUUGUCAACAGAAUGUACAUCUCAAACUUCAGUAGAUCAGGUACCUCAAAUUUCAAAGGAGCAAAUAUCCCAAAUGUUGGAAGAACAAAUUUAUCCAAUGUCUGAUUGUGAGACUACAACUAUGCUCGAAACAUCGCCGUCGCACGAGCAAGUUAGACCAACUGAAAUUGUUAUGGAUGAUUCUACGCUAAUGAAUAGUAAUCAAAAUGAGACAACACAGGUUUCUCACGAAAAUGCAACAGACGGUGAAUCACAAAUUCCUGAAGGAAUGGAAAUCGACAGUGAAACGUUACAACGUAUUCAUGAGUUGGAGGUAAGGGGAGAAAUGCGCGAAGCGUACGAAGAGAUUUCAAGAUGCUCCGAAGAAAUAAUAUAUCCUAUUCUUGACGGUAUGGAAAUGGGAACAAAUAAUACGGAAGAAACUGAAACACAGGUAGUCUCGGGACAGGCGGAGACUACCAGAGAGCAGCAAGAUGUAAAUAGUGGGAAUGAAGACGAAGCCCUUCGAGAAGCAAACAACUACGUUUGUUCUGAAAUGUUAGAAUGUAGCUGGUCUGUAGACCCCACGGUUAAUAACAUAAACAAUAAUAAUAGGACUCAGGAAGAGCUUCAAGUACCAUGGCCACUAGUAGCUGCAGCUCUUGAUGGAUCUGUAGCCACUAACAUUACGGUGACCACUCAGGACGAAUGCAACGAGACACCUACUUCCACUGAUUCGACUAAUCCACCGCAACAAUUUAUUAAUGCCGAUUCCAAUGUCGAAUCGGUCAACUGUAUACAAUUGCCAGUUGUUCAGGGAACUCCGUUUCAGUCAGAGGGUCUUGCAAUUGGUACACCAGGAACGAGUUGCAUAAUGAAAAAUUUCCAGUCUCAAAGCUCGCCUAUUAUUGCCUUUCCGCAACUGCAGUCCAUCAGAUUUGUACAAACUAGCUUUCAUUCCGAUCAAAACGCUGCAUCGACUUUGAACAACACGUCCCCAAUUACUGCUCAAAUCCAGAAUCAACAGAAUACAACCUCGCAAGUAAAUAUAAUGAGAACGCAAGAAGAAGUGGUACAACUAAGUACACAAAAUAACAAUGCACGGAAUAUUAGAAAUAACGUGAAUCAAAAUCAAGUCCCAAAUACCGUGACAGCCGCGAUCGGCAUACAACCUCCAAAUCGUGCACAAAAUACUAUCGUUAUUCAACACCAAGCCUCAGCGCCUACACAACCACGACAAGUCGUAGCGACCAUACAACAACAUCAGUAUCCUGGAGCGACGGUUGCAGUGUCUUCAAAAUCUUCGCGUUCUAAUAAUCAGGGUAGUCAGAGAGGUUCCAGGAAUAGUAACAAGGAACAAGGAGGAGGUAGAUCACGCAGUACUACGAAAGAACCACCUGGUGCAGUUAACUUGGAACGCAGCUAUCAGAUAUGUCAAGCGGUCAUACAAAGUUCGCCAAAUAGAGAUCAACUGAAGGCUCAUUUGAAACCUCCGCCUAGUUUACUUGCCAGAGGUGAUGGUGCAUUCACGACGAAUAAAUCUGGUGGUCGUACAAUUACGACUGUCAAAACUCAGAAACCAUCGCAAACGAUACAAAAUAAACAAACUCAAAAUAAAACGCAAGCAGUUAUGUUCAGACAUGUGUUUGCGACAGCGCGUCAAGCUGCUUCAACAGAGGUUCCAGAAAGCAAUACCGUAGCGCAGUUAGGAUCAACGACAACAGGCGGAUUGGGUCAAUAUAUACUGGUGCAGAGAACGGGUGUCGGCGACAGUGCACCGCGAGCAUCUUCUGCUCCACCUUUGCCUCCUCAAAUUGCCGGGAUGGGUGUUGGAGUACAUCUAGUACGUGGUAGACCAGCCAGUGCAGGAGAAGGUUCGCACCAGGCCGUAACGUUGAAAGGAAGGGGCACGGAUGGUAGAGGAGGAGGUGGCGCUGAACCCGGAGCACCUGUGUACGUGAUGACUAAAGUGCGGAUUUGGCGAUCGUGAGCGUUGUGGGGAAACAACACCAAAGCUGUAUGGUGGAGCAGAGCAAUUUUAAAUUUCUGACGCGGUCGCGAGGUUCCAGAACCAUCAUCGAGUAUCUGCAAUGCAUACUUCGUCACAAUGCAACGUGCGCUGAAUUCGUACUUUACGCAUGAUGAUAACGCAUUACCUGUCGGAAACAGCAAUAGCUACUUAACAUGUAUGUACAAAAGGUAUUCUAUAUUUAAGAAUGCUGAAAUUAAAAAAGUAGUAUUAAGUCAGACAAGAGAGUAUUUCUUUCGAACCAUGAGAUUAUUUUUAUCAUUUCUUUUUUGAGUCCAUCACGGAAGUUAUAGAUAACACAACACUGAAAAUGAAAAAAAAAAAAAGGAAACUUUGUUAUUUUCAUUUGACACGGAUACCAAAAUAUAUUUGUAUGUAUUAUUUUUCAAUAUACAUAUUAUUGGCAUGGAAUAUCCGGUUUUUACACAUUUACAUUUUAUUUUCUGUUUGAAAUAAAUGUUUCAAUAUUUUGUGAUUGCACGAUUUUACAUUUUUAGCAGUAAAUAGAAAUCAACGGCUGUGAUGAUGUUUCUUUUGUUGUUUUUUUUUUUUUUUUUUUCUAGAACUUUCGUCAUACUGAUAUUGUAUUUCAUCCUUUAACGCGGAUUUCAGUCUUUUAAAUAAAUUCAUUGUAAACUUUGUAAUUGAUCAGUAUUACUUGUAUAUACUACCUUGUUUCUCAUGUAUCAUAUGUACAAGCUUUAAUAUAUAUUACAUUAAUUAAUGUAUAAAGAAGAUACACAUUGAAAAAUUUAGUGAAAGUUUAUUGUAAAGAUGAUAGAAACCUAAAUAGAAUUAUUUAUUAACGUCUAGAUUUAUCUAUAUUUUAGAUAUUUUUUUAUUAAUAAUUUCAUUAUUAAUAAGUUCUUUUUUAUUUCUUUUGCUUUCAAAUGAAAAUUUUUGCAUGCAAUCAUUUGAGGAAUUGAUUCUAAAAAUUAAUAUAUAUUAUAUAAACUAACAUUUAUACAUUAAUUGCCAUUACUUUUUUUGUCAAUGUCAUUAUAAUUCAAUAGUUUUACAUUUUAGUAUUAGUUAAUAUAUAAUACAAAUAAAAAAUAUUUUAGAGAAAAUUAUAUUUUUCAACGUGUCGUUAUGUAAAAUACUGCAGUAAGAUAUAAUUUAUGGAAAUAAGAAUCUCUUAGUAUAAAAGUAGAAAAUAAGAAAAAUAUUUGUUUAAAGAAACAACUGUUUAAGUAAUGAAUCGGAAUAGAAUGUAUUUUGGUCACUUUUAUCGUAAAAACAAAGUUUCUAAUUAUUUAUAGGUAUACAUACAUCGUACAUUAAAAAAAAAAACAAUAAAUUAAUACAAUAAAUCAUCUUUUUCAAUUGCCAUCGUGUAAAUCCUUAUAUAUCUUAUAAUAUCAUCCCAUUGUGACUCUGUUAUUUAGCAGUUUUUCUCAGCUUAUUUUUAUUGUAAUAACUUUCUACAAAUAGAACUUCAUGUUUCUAUAUUCUUCAUAAAGUGUCGUGGUGCUUUCUUACAUUGUCUUGUUCGAAAAAAUCUGUUUAUUGUACAAUGCUUUUUUUCUUGAAGUACCAUACAAAGUACAUAUAUUUAUUUUGAUUUUUGCUUGGAAAUUAUUGGGAAAUCUACUUAUGUGACUAAAAAAAUAAAUAAACUUCAUCUUUAAUCAAACUGAUUCACCCGUUUGUAAAAUACACCAAUGCACUUUACACGUAUCGAUAAAUUUACCACGCUGUUCUUAUGUAUAUAUAAUCCAGUGCCAGAUACAAUACCAGCAUUUUAAUUAUUAUAGUGCAAUUCGCAUUCUUUGUUUGUACUCUGAACCAUCGUAGGUCUACAUUUGUACAUUUCCACUUUAAUAGCACACCUUCAAUCAGUGCAAGCGAACAGCCACUUAAUUGUACUAAUUUUCUAUAAACGUGACUGUAACAAGAGCCACUAUUCUCUCCGUUUAUUUUUUUAAAUUCAUUUCCACUUCUCCGCUUAUUAAUUUCUUUCACAACACAAAACGAAAAAUUUGGCGUUAAUAACAAUGUAAAUAGAAACAAUAUUUCAACGAAUAAUAAUAUGCAACAAAAUACGAAAAAUUGCACAACAUAUCCAUAUGAAAUAUAUGACAUAUAGGUGUAUAAUUAUAUGUACAAUUAUAAAGAAACGUUUGUUAACUAAUUAAAUAAAUAUAAUAAAUAACAGACGUAGAAAAUAAUAAAUUAAUAUCACAAAUGCCAUACAAAAAGAUUUUUAAAUUAAUAAAUUCUUAUAAUACAAUUGUGCACCCGACUUUGACUCGUUUCUACAAAUUAAAUAUAUUCUCUUGAAAUAAACUGACAUCACGCGGACGCAAAAAAUAGCAUUCUUUUCCUUUGGGGUCAGAGUAUUUGAUUCUCUCGCUAGUUUAUUAUGCGUGUGCUUAUGUAUUCGUACCUCUCACUUUUAAGUAGAUUAUUAACAAAAUUUACUGACAAACGUAAGUAGAUCUAAAUUUCGAACACAGUUAUUAUCGAUAUAUAAAGUUCAAGAACAUAAUUAUCGAUGUUUAAAAUUGUUCAACAACUACACGUUAUAUGAAUAUAUUAGCAAAUUGGAUAAUGAAGAAAACUAAAGUUUCUUAAUGACUCGAAUUGGUAAUCGCAUAAUUGAAACUAUUGGUCAGAAUUAAUUAUAAUUCGAUCGCUAUUGCGUGAACGUUCUGGCACAUAUACGUAGAUUACAUUUAAGUAUUUCAACGUUUUUUUAUUUCUUCUUCGCUGAUUUUUUUGCUUAUGAUAAUUUUUUUUUUUUCUUCUCUCAACUAAAUUUUACGAUAAAUGCGAUAUCAUUUUUUUAGAUUGAAUAUUCACAACAAUGUGGGAGC